GUGUAAUUGUUUGUUUAUUAGAAAUUGGUAAAUCAAAAGAAAUAGUAUCUCGCAAGUAUGCUAGGAUUAGAGAAGGUUCAAAUAGUAGAAAUAGCAGAGUUUUAUCAAUAAGACCAGAGACU